AUGAAGUACUCAAUUGCUAUCAGCGCACUUGCUGCCGGCGCUGCGGCGGUGGGAGAUAAGGCGAUUCGUCAGGAUGGCGCGAAGCCAGCUGUUGAUGCUACGCUUCUCAAGGCCGACAUUACAAAAGCGAAUCUCCUAGCCGGCGCACAAAAAGUCCAGGACAUUGCGUACGCAACAAAAGACCGCAACCGCUUCAUCGGAACCGCCGGGCACAUCGCGACUGUGGAGUGGCUCAAGCAGGAGCUCGAGGCGCUGGAUGGAUACUACAACGUCACAUUGCAGACGUACUUCGAAGUUGUGCAGCUCAACGGCACGAUCAACGCCUUUAGCAUCAACGGCACCGCGGCCCCUGCAGGUUCGUCCUCGCUAUUCGAGCAUUCGCCGACCGGCGCCGUGUCUGGAAAACUGGUCCUCGUCAGCAACGCCGCCUGCAAUUUCACGGACUACCCUGAUACGCUUGCGGGAAACAUUGCGCUCAUCCCCAGAGGCGUGUGCGAGUUCGGGCUUAAGUCGGCCUGGGCCGGGUCUAAAGGCGCCAUCGGUGCUGUUAUGUACGGAGGCGACGAGGAGAAUGCUAGAUGUCCAACGCGCCCAUCUCUAGGUAAUUUUGUCCGACCCGAGGGCAAGUUAAUUCCUUCCGUCUGUAUCAAUCGAGCCUUCGGAGAGCAAUUCGUCUCGGCUGUUGCGAAUGGUGCGAACCUUUCCGCAGUUGUCGAUGUAACGACUGAUAUCCGCAAUAUUUCGACGACCAAUGUUUUGGCUACCACGGUUGGCGGCGACCACAACAACAAGCUUGCCUUGGGAGCUCACUCUGAUUCGACCAACGACGGACCUGGUAUCAACGAUAAUGGCAGUGGCGUCGUAGGAGUUCUGGAGGUUGCUAAAGCCCUUACCAAAUACAAGGUCAAGAAUGCUGUCAUGUUCGGUUUCUGGACCGCUAAUAUGCUGGGUCUUUUGGGAUCAGCACACUAUGUCAACAACCUGUCGGCGGACGAGGCCGCCAAGAUUCGUGCUUAUGUGGACGUCGACGUGAUUGCGUCGAAGAACUACAUCAACGGGAUCCUUGAUGGAGAUGGCAGUCGCUUCAACGACACAGGCCCCCCUGGCUGCGCCGAGAUCGAAGCAGCCUUCCAGAAAUACUUCACCAGCUUGGGCCAGAAUUUUACUGCCACAGAGUUCGACGGCAGAGGUGACGUUGGUAUUUUCGUAGGCGCUGGUAUUCCGGGUGGUGGCCUGUUCACGGGAGCAAGUCGAAACAAGACCGAGGAAGAGGCCCGGAUGUUUGGCGGAACGGCAGGUACUCCAUUGGAUCCCUGCUCCAAUGAUGCGACAUGUGAUACUGUCACUAACCUUGAGGUGGACGCAUGGGAGAGAAAUGUGAAGGGUAUCGCAACCUUGGUCGCGCAGUACGCUUCCUCGUGGGAUGGCUUCCCAGAAAGAAUCAUUGCUCCCACGAAGAGGAGCGUUGUGAAGCCCCGGGAGAUCUCCCAUGGCCCUCGCCGUGGGCCACACUAUAACCCGAUCAAGUUUGAUCCACCAGUAGAGCAAUAG